GAACAAAAAUACACACGACACCAUUCCUUUCCCCACCAAAUCCUCGGAAUCCAACACGUACACACACACGCGUACACAGUAGCAAAAAAACACCACAUCCCUUGCAUUCCACUCCCCAAUAUCAUGAUCACACUCCGCCAUCCCAACUCCACCCUCUCUCCCACUCUUUCGCAGAGGUCUCUGCUACCUCUCCCUAAGAAAGCGAAGAACUAUAAGCGAGAAGUAGAGAAAGAGAGAGAGAAAAACCACCAACCAUGCCUCCCUCCAAACUUCACGCCCUCACCCUCCUCCCCUUCCUCCCAACCGCACUCACCCACAUGCAAAUGAUCGACCCCUCCCCCCUCCGCGACCCCCACAGCAACCGCGCCGCCGAACCAAAAGACUACAACAUCCUAACUCCUCUUCAUGCCGACGGCAGCGACUUCUCAUGUAAAGGAUACCAAUGGAACACGCCCCUCGUCCCCGUCGCCACGUACACCGCAGGCCAAAAGUACAGCAUCACGUUGAAGGGAGGAGCGACGCAUGGCGGGGGGAGUUGCCAGAUCAGCUUGAGCUGCGAUAACGGGGUUCAUUUCAAGGUGCUGGAGAGUAUUGUGGGUGGGUGUCCGCUGAAGAGUACGUACGAGUUUGGGGUUCCGGAGGGGUUGGGAGAGGCGGUUUGUUUGCUUGGUUGGACUUGGUUCAACAAAAUCGGCAACAGGGAAAUGUACAUGAAUUGCGCCGUCGUCAACAUUGUCCCCUCCUCCUCUUCUUCUUCCUCGUCAUCAUCGAAGAAAAGACCCCUCCUCAACAACCGCGACACAAACUCCGCCCAAGCCGCUCUAGGCAACCUCCCCGAUCUCUUCGUCGCAAACCUCAAAGGUAUCAACGACUGCACGACCAAAGAAACAGUUGAUGUGGAUUUCGAUGAACCGGGAAAGAGCGUGAUUUACGGUGAUGGUAUGAGUGCUGGUGCCGCGACUGGGAAGACUGGGGCUUGUACGGGCGUGGGGAGGAAGGGGGCAAGUGGGCCGAUUGCUGCUGGGAGUUCGACGGAUGGUAAUGUGGGAUCUCUGGGGGAAUCUUCUGGUGGGAACUCAGGACAGUGGUCCGGUUCGUCGAGCCUGAAUCAAGGGCAAGAAGCCGGCUCGUCUGGCGCCUCCAGCUCUUCCGGUUCAUCGGGGUCUUCUUGCGCUCUGAAUGAUGGUCAAUGGCACCCCAACGGCUGCGGUGACAAUGCUGCUCAAUUAUCUCCCAGCGCGAGUACAGACUUGAAGCCGGUCGCUUCUGUCGCUGUGUUGGAACCAUUGCCGCAGCCUGUUUCCGAUUCGAUGGCGGGUAUGGACAUGUCGUCCGACGUGUUGUCUAAUGAGUCGAAGCCCAAGGUUCAACAAGAGCUGGAUACAUACCUUGCAAGUCUGGGAGACGAGAAUGGAAAGGUCGCUUCAGCUAGUGAGGGAACAGCGAACCAAGUCUCCAAUGCCGGAUCUGAAUCUCUUCCUGAGGCGAAGAAGCCAGAAACUGCAGCAGUUCCCCAAAAUCCAGAAAAGCAAUCUGGCAAGUCGCACACUUCCAAUAGCAAAGCCAAACCCGCCCAAAAGCCCAACGCACUAUACGAGUCAUCAAGCAAGAAAGAAGCAUCUUCUUCGCCAUCAGAGAACGCAGAUGAACCCACUUACCAUGCCGACUACAACUCAGGAACCUACAAUCGCCAACAGUACAUCCCCAGCCAAGUCGACACACCAACAUCCACUCCCCAAGCAAUCCCACAAGAAGCAGCUCCCGUCCAAAACUGCGGCUCUUCCAGAAUCACAUACGCCUCCAACGACGUCUCGCAAUACCUCCCUUGCAAACCAGGAGCCCUCCUCUGCAAAUCCCCCACAGAAUUCUACACCUGCACGCAAGACGCAAACGCAGUAUGGAGCUACGGCGCCCUGCGCAUUGUCGCAAAAGGCAUGGAAUGCCAACCACACCUCUCCACGCCCGGCACAUCCCACAAGUUGAAAAGACGUCGUCGUGUCGGUCGACGACAAGCUCCUUCGUCGUCGUCGUCCACGCAGACUCCGCCUGCGCCGAGCGCGGUCCCAACGCCGACCUCGAGAUCCGAAGCUGGUGCAGCAGCGGGCGAUGGCACCGACGACGAUGUGCGCAAGUUUUUUGGUCCCAUGCCCGCUGGGUACGAGAAGAGUUGGCCGGUUGCUAAGGAUGGAGGAGAGGAUGUUGAGGAAGGGGCUUCGGCGACGCCGGGGCCUUCGAAAUCUUCAAAGAAGCCUGCUGGUAGUGGGAAGAAGGCUAAGGAUGGUAAUGAGAUGAGCUCGAAACCGCCGUCGAAGACUGGGACCGAGGGGAAGAAAGGAAGCGCGAAGACGACACCGGCUCCGAAGAAGACCAAGGAUGGUAUAGACACCCCGAAACCGCCGUCAAAAACUACGCCUGAGGGGAAAAAAGGAAACGCGAAGACAACGCCAGCUUCGAAGAAGACGAAGGAUGAUAAGAAGAGCACUUCAAAACCGCCGUCAAAGACUGGAAUCGAGGGGAAGAAGGGAAGCGCGAAACCCACGCCAACUCCAAAGAAAGGAGCAGACGGUAACAAGACAACCUCGAAACCGCCAUCCAAAACCGCGCCCAAAGGAAAAGGAGAAAAAAGUAGCAUGAAGACGACGCCGGCCCCAAAGAACGCAACAACCAGUAAGACCAAGAAGAAAAGCGCUCCAUCGACAUUAAAAAGAGUCGUGCGUUGGCCGCGACGAAUGGAAAUCAGAGCAGAGAAGGACCGCGCCUCUUCUUCCCCUUCAUCCCUCCCAUCUACCAAAAACGCAAAAGCCCCCCUCAACAACGUCGCCGAAAAAGAUCAAUCUGCACAUCCGACUCCUGCCUCCACCCCCUUCGCGAAACCGAACCCCGCAAGCAGCAAAAAACCCACAAAAGACAUGGGGAAGGGAAAAGAAAAGACCAAACCCGCGUUGUCCUCAUCAUCAUCAUUCUUUACCUCCUCAAAAAGCAAACCCAGACCAAAAUCCAAAUCCAAAUCCACAGAAGAAGAAGAAGAUGAUGAUGGUGAUGACGGAGGAGAAGGGGGAGGGAAGAAGAACUCGAUCCCACGACCACAAUACGUUUCCGCGCCCGGCGACGGCACCGACGACGACGUAGAAUCGUUGUUUCCAGGUCUCGCGCCGCCGCAGGACGCCAUGUAUGAUGGCCUGGAAGAUCCGAAUGCAGCAGCACCACCUUCAUCAUCAUCAUCAUCAUCCACCCUUUCUGCCUCUUCGUCGUCGGUGAAGAUAAUAGCGAAUUACCUCCGACCCAGCUCAACCAUCGCUAGUACUUCCAUUACUUCCACUCUUCCUCCUUCUACUCCUACUCCUCUAUCUACAAACACCUCUACCGCUACUGCUUCUUCCUCCUCCUCCUCCUCCUCCCCCAAAAGCGAAUGGCAAGACGGAACUUUCUUCCCCCCACCACCUCUACCCUUCUCAUCACCAGCACCACCAACAACCCCAGCCCCUACAAAAUCAAAACCAUACCCACCAACCCUCAGCGACGAAAUCGCCGCAUCGAUCCUACCUUAUUUCUUUGGCCACAGGCCCGUUGUUCCCGAGGGUGUGGAGCUCGUGUGGCCUGGUGUGCCGACGCCGAAGGCGGGAGCUUCACGGGUGAAGAGGGAAGAUUCAGCAAGGAGGGGGUGUGCUGGGAGGGUUGGAGAGGAGGGGGGUGUGAGGGAUGAUUUGUAUGUUGGAAAGGUAGGGUAG